AUGGGCAAGUUUGACGACACCGAGAGGAUAAUCCUCAACGUCGGCGGCACCCGGCACGAGACGUACAAGAGCACCCUGAAGACCCUUCCGGGGACGCGCCUGGCGCUGCUCGCCUCCGACUCGGACCUGGACUCCGUGCUGGACCAGCUGCAACAAGUCCCCGGCUUCCUCGAGUACAACGCGCGCACCAACGAGUACUUCUUCGACCGCCACCCGGGCGUGUUCGCCUACGUGCUCAACUACUACCGCACCGGGAAGCUCCACUGCCCGGCGGAUGUGUGCGGACCGCUGUUCGAGGAGGAGCUCUCCUUCUGGGGCAUCGAUGAGACGGACGUGGAGCCCUGCUGCUGGAUGACCUACCGGCAGCACCGGGACGCGGAGGAGGCGCUGGACGUGUUCGAGCUCAACGUGGACAACGGGGACGAGGACGACGAUAUAGCAAAGAGGCUCGGCAUCGAUGAGUUGGAUGCCGACGGUAACGUCAACCUGUGGAGGAAGUGGCAGCCGGUGAUCUGGAAUCUAUUCGAGGAUCCCUACUCCUCCAGGGCGGCGAGGUUUAUUGCCUUUGCAUCGUUGUUCUUCAUCCUGGUCUCCAUCACCACGUUCUGCCUGGAGACGCAUGAAGCUUUCAACACCAUAAUCAACAAAACGGAUCUGAUGCGGAACAGCAGUGGGCCGGACUUGGGCCCUCAGUACGAGAUUGAAACGGAUCCUGCGCUCACCUAUGUGGAGGGUGUUUGCGUCUUUUGGUUCACGAUUGAGUUCCUGGUGCGUGUGACAUUCUGCCCGGUCAAGUUGGAGUUUGUUAAAAGUGUCCUCAACAUCAUUGACUUUGUGGCUAUCCUGCCUUUCUACCUAGAGGUAGGGCUGAGUGGCCUUUCUUCAAAGGCCGCCAAGGAUGUGUUGGGUUUCCUCAGGGUGGUGCGCUUUGUCCGUAUCCUGCGUAUCUUCAAGCUCACACGUCAUUUUGUGGGGCUAAGGGUGUUGGGCCACACUUUACGUGCCAGCACCAAUGAAUUCUUGCUGCUCAUCAUUUUCCUGGCAUUGGGAGUGUUAAUCUUUGCCACCAUGAUUUACUAUGCCGAACGAAUCGGCGCCAGGCCCAACGACCCUACUGCUGCCAACCACACCAAGUUCAAGAACAUCCCCAUUGGCUUCUGGUGGGCUGUGGUGACUAUGACUACACUGGGAUAUGGCGACAUGUAUCCAGAGACCUGGUCAGGCAUGGUGGUGGGGGCAUUAUGUGCUUUGGCUGGCGUGCUGACGAUAGCCAUGCCUGUGCCGGUUAUCGUCAAUAACUUUGGGAUGUACUACUCUUUGGCCAUGGCCAAGCAGAAGCUCCCCAAAAAGAGGAAGAAACACAUCCCUCAGGCAGUGCAGGGGGGGUCCCCCAGCUACUGCAAAGCUGAUCUCAACACCACCUGCAACAGCACUCAAGGUGACCUGUGCCACGUCCAAGGGACCAGGGUACUAGAACCCUCAGGGGAAUCCAUAAGGGAACUCAUCUCAGUUCUGUCGGCAGACUGCAGCAGUGACCUGACCAUGUCUCCAGAGGAGAGUGUUCCCAUGCGAAGGUCGAGCACCAGGGAACAGGACCAUCGGGGCGGGGGAACGUGCUUCCUGCUCUCUGCUAGUGACUACACCUGCCCUUCAGACGGAAGUAUGAGAAAAACAGGCUCUGAGAAAUCCCGGAGUUUAAACAACAUAGCGGGCAUGACUGGCAUGGCUGGUAACACCCUGAGGUUGUCUCCCGUGACCUCGCCCUACGGAUCGCCCUGCCCUCUGCGCCGCUCUCGCUCCCCUAUCCCCUCCAUCCUGUGA